UUCUUGUUGAAAGCUUGAAAAAGCUAUAUAACUACUCCUCUCCCCCUUCUCUCUCUCUCUUUCUUCUUUUUUUUUUUUUCCUUUCUUUUAGUCAUGGAGAAGCAGCACAGUCGAGAACUAACGUUCUUACACUCCGGUGACUCCCUCCGGCAGAAUUCUGGUGUGGCCGAUCGUACCCUUGACGAUUCUAGGGAUCAUGUUGAGCCACACAUCAAGGAGAUGGAUUUCUUUUCUUCUCAAUAUCAAUCACAUGAUCAUCAUCAUCAUCAUCAUCAUCAAGAGGGCAACACUAAUAAUAAUGGAUCAUCUUCUUUUAUUGAUUCGAGUGUAAACAUUGGAUUAAAUCUUCUCAGUUCAAGCCCCGGAGUUUCAAGGGCAACAAAUGAAGAGAAACCCAAAGCUCAAGAGAGUGCUCUCAAAAUGGAGUUAGAAAAGUUAAACGAAGAGAAUCGGAGACUAAGAAGCAUGUUGGAUCAGAUUACCAAAAACUACAAUGAACUACAAGGUCAACUAUUAAUGGCGUUGCAAAAACAGGCCCACAGAAAUCAACAAGACCAGAAGGAUGCAGUAAAUGGGAUGGCGAGUACCAUAAUGUCAGUCCAACAAUUCAUGGACCCACGGCCUUCGGCCGCAUUAGAUGUCAACGAGCCUUCUGGGUCUGACGACAAGACGCAAGAGUUGUCAGCAUCUCCCGAAAAUACUAUAGAAAUUGUUUCAAAGGAAUACGACCAUCGAAUGGUUCAAAAUAUGCCGGGAAAGCAGGUUUCUAUUGAAGAUGGUACUGAUCAAACAUCUCAGAGUUGGGGAUCACUCAAGAGUCCGAAGAUAGAUCAGUCAAAGAAUGAAGACCAAGUCUCUGAAGGUCCUUUUAGGAAGGCCAGGGUGUCGGUUAGAGCCAGAUCAGAAGCUCCCUUGAUAAGCGAUGGUUGUCAAUGGAGGAAAUAUGGUCAAAAGAUGGCAAAGGGUAACCCUUGUCCUCGAGCUUACUACCGUUGCACCAUGGCUGUUGGCUGCCCAGUCCGUAAGCAGGUGCAAAGAUGUGCCGACGAUAAAAGCAUUCUCAUCACAACAUACGAGGGAAACCACAAUCAUCCUCUCCCACCAGCAGCCACAGCUAUGGCUAACACGACGUCAGCUGCGGCCGCCAUGUUACUAUCAGGUUCAACCAAAAGUAAGGAUGGCCUACCAACCUCUGCCUACUACCCUUCCUUACCUUAUGCAUCAUCAAUGGCCACCCUCUCCGCCUCCGCCCCCUUUCCCACCAUAACCCUUGACUUAACUCAGGGCCCAAAUGCCGUUCAGUUGUUACGUCCCCCGCCUUCCGCUGCUUCAUUCCCAUUACCUUUGCACGGUUAUCCGCAGCUUUUAGGGAACCCUAUGUUCGGUCCUCCCAAGUUAUCUACUGCAUCACCGGCAAUGCAGUUAGGGCAACGUCCAGCUUCCAUGGUGGAAACAGUUACAGCAGCCAUUGCUUCUGAUCCGAAUUUCACCGCAGCAUUAGCAGCAGCCAUUUCGACAAUUAUGGGGCCACCAAGAAACCAGGGAAACAGUAGUAAUAACAAUGAUGAGAAUAACAAUUCCUCGAAUGGGGUGGGUGCGCCUGCCCUUCCAGGAUCACCACAGAUUCAACAGUCAUGCACCACAUUCUCCUCAAAGGCAUGCACAAACAAGCCAGGGUGAUUAAUUAAAUUUUGGGUCUUGGCAUGCAUGCUCAGGGUUUUGGAUAAAUUUUCACUUGUUUUUGCAUAAGCUUUUGCUAAUGCUAGGUAUAUAAGUAGGCCGUUGGAGAGGAAGGAGCCCAUGCAUCUAUCAUUUAUGAUCAUAUUAAGUGGUAGUUCCAGACAAUUCAAUAUGACGAGACCAUGGUAGAAUUAAUAUACAGAGCAAGGUUUGACGUGCGGGUUGAAUCUUGUUACACCUCAGGGCUAUAUAUAGAAGAAAUUUCAUAGAAGCUCUUUUGAUGAACAACAGUCUAUUUGAUGGUUGGUGAGUGGUUCAAUCGGCCUUGCACUAGUUUCAAUCAAUUCCCCAUGUUUAUAGCCUUAAGAAAGGGUUUCAGGAUCUGAUACUUAAUCUAAAGAUGGCUAUAUAUAUAUAUAUCCUUUUUUUAUACUGUGGAGAAUAUUAUAUAUGUUACCACAUGCAGUUUAAGCAUAGUGAAAGGAUAGAGUGGGGUGUAAGAAUGAAUUGGUGGACAAACAAUUUUUUUUUUUGUGUUGGAGAUGAUUUUGUUUUUUCGUACAUAUAAAUUAAAUAAGUUAUUAAGAGAUUCA